AUGGCAAGCAGCAAGCCUGAGUGGGAGGUCCUGGGAGCAUUCUCUAUCGACGAAGAGGGCCAUUACAAGAACGACAAGAGUCAACGAAGAUUUCUUGUUGAAUCUGUUAAUGACCAUCUCGAUUUCAACUUUCUUGAAGGUAUUGGUGGUUACAUUGCUCGGAAGCGACGAAAGUUUACAUCCUCGCCCCUGACACAAGUCCUAGAAUGGAUCCAGGAUCAUAAUGAAGAGCUAAUUCAGGAGAGAGUUCUGGAAAAUGAAGUAGGAGGAACCAGAAAAAUGAAUGCCGAUUUCGUUGGUAGUGGAAAUGUAUUCAGCCUUCUUCUCCGGGCUUGCGAAACCAUUGAUCACGUAGAGAUUCUUGUGAGGCGUGAUCAUGGCACGUUCUACAUCGAGACUAGCACUCGUUCGAACCCACAACGGAGGCAGGCCAGGAUUCCCCAACCCCUAUUGCACGUUAGACCGCAAUUGGUGAGUCAAAAACCUCUCCUGGUAUGUUUAGUACCAGAGCAAAAUGAGAAAAGAAAAAUAGAGUUCGCUGGGAAGAAAUUUUCAACUUGUGUAACGACCAUUGAUGAUGGCGGAGUGCCUAGCGGUGACGAACCGGUAAAUGUGUACGCAAAGUACAUGACCGUGACAAAGAUGAAGUUUGGUGAACACAUCAUCCUCCAAAGUAACGAGGUUCAUGCCGAACGUAGCCAAGGGAGCGACUCUGUAAUGACAUCGCCAGAAAACUGCGUGUUGUUUAGAACCAAGAAGGCCCAUCUUGACGGCAAAGCUUUGAUGAACUUCAAUAGGUACAAAACUAUGAGAUGGUGGUCCCAGGCCUACAUAGCAGGUGUUCCCGAGAUACUGUGUGGUAUGAGAGAUGAUACAGCACAUCAGAUCAAAUCGGUCAAAACGAUGAAGGUUGAAGACCUUCCUGGAAUGUCUGGUGGUUUCUGGGAUCCAAGGAUGUGUCGAAAGAAGUUUAGAAAUUAUCUCUCGGAUAUCAAGAGAUUGAUCACAAAAGACAAUCCUAGAGUUGUGUAUCGUCUGGAGUUACCAGAAGUAAGACUAGGACCUAACAUCAAGGAUAGACUGCAAAGAAGGACGUUCAUCAUAUCGGAAGGAGAUGUUAAUGAAAAUUCAGUCAUCAUCCCUGAUCAAUAUCGCCGGGAAGUCUUGUGUAUCAGGGAAGGGGUUUGA